AUGAAAGAUGGAACCCUGAGACAUGCUAGAAAAGAAUGGGCAAAAAAUGACAAAGCAAUUAAAGCUGUCCUUAGAAAACUAGACGACCUGAUGCCCAGCGUCACUUUCAUGGAUAUAAAUACCACCACAAGUGCUAAGAACAGCAAGGCCACCAUCUUAAACUACAAAGACUCUUAUUGUGUUGGCGACCAUUUGAUGGUUCGACUGGAUUUAUACAACUACUUAGGCAAGAGGAAGGAAUACGGAGGAGACUUCUUACGAGUGAGGAUCUUCUCUUCAAGUCUUAGGGCUGGAGCUUCUGGGCGCAUCACAGACUAUAGGAAUGGGACGUACCUGGUCAAUUUCACUUUAUUCUGGACUGGCAAUGUUAAAGUAUCCCUCAUGCUCAUCCACCCCAGCGAAGGAGUUUCAGCACUGUGGGCUGCAAGGAAGAGAGGCUACGACAAAAUAGUUUUCACAGGCAAAUUUUUAAAUGGAACUUCAAACGUCCACAUUGAAUGUGGUUUUAACAAGACCACAGACACAGAACUGUGUGAGUAUCUAGAUGUACGAGACCGAGAGGCCUUCUAUUGUGAGAAACCAAAUAAUGUACCUUGUGAUGCUAUUGUUAGCCUGAAGUCCAACAACAAGCCCAUCUCCUACCUCACUGCCUUGGAACACAGCCUUUUUAACAGGUCCAACAUUGGAGCUGAGAUCCCUCAGACAUUUGGGGACAUUCGUGUUGUUGCCUGUGAAAGCAUGGCGACGACCACGGCGAGCGAGAAGUGCAAGGUUGGCAUGAGGUCCCCAUCUCCCAGGGGCUUCGUCUGGCAGAACCAGUGGCACCCUGUGUUCUGCAACAUGUCAGCUUUCCAUACCUUGGAUAGGAUUAACACUUGCUUGAAAGAAAAGAUCAUUUACCUCCUGGGAGACUCAACUGUGCGGCAAUGGAUGGAGAAUCUCACAAAGAGAGUCGAUACACUGAAAUAUCUCAAGCGCUAUACAAUCAGGAAACCCUACAGACUGGUCGCAGUGGACAUGGCUAGAAACAUUCAAAUAAAUUGGAAAAAACACGGUCACCCCUAUGUAGGCUCUUCUGAGUACACAGUGAAAGACCACAGCUAUGUCGCUUGGGACAUCGACCUUGUGGCAGGUGACAGAGACACAGCGGUUGUCAUCUCCCUGGGCCAGCACUUCCGCCCCUUCCCCAUUGAGCUCUUCAUUCGAAGAAUGAUUAACAUACGGGGAUCCAUCCAGCGACUUCUCCUGAGGAGCCCAGAUACAAAAGUCAUCAUCAAAGCAGAGAACACCCGGGAGAUGUCAAUAGACCAGGAGCGAUUUGGGGACUUUCAUGGUUACGCCCAAUACCUUGCACUAAAGGACAUUUUUCGAGAUCUGAAGGUGGGCUUCAUUGAUGCCUGGGACAUGACAGUUGCCUAUGCCACAAACCUGGUUCACCCACCAGAUCACGUGGUCGGGAGUCAAAUUGAUAUGUUUUUGUCUUACAUAUGUUAA